CGCUGCGUCAGUCACGCCGUGGAGCCACUCGGCGUUCAACAACCCGCUGCGAAUACCCCGACCGACCGGCCGAUCAAGCGACCGACCGUGGACGCGCGCGGCCGCUCUCGAGUGAAAUAAUACACAUGUUACUAUAAUAACGACGACCACAGUGUGCGAUUUUUUUUUUUAGAUUUUAAUUUCUGUUGAUUUUUAUUCGUUUCAAAUUUUGCUGGUCGUACGUACGCGCACCCGAAUUUUCGCGAGUUAUGCCGAAAGUGCCGCUCCGACCGACGUUGUAAACGAUAAGAUAAUCCGUUGUCGCCGCCGCGUCGACAUGCGAUCCGUCCGUGCACCGACUAUACGAUAUCAUUAGGCGUAUCAUAUCAUCGCAUAUACCUAUAGAAACGCCGUAACUCGCGACUUUCGCGCCAAAAGACACCGCGAAAUCGGUACCAUCGACGUAUCACCAUAUACUUUUUUUUUUAUUAUUAUCGUUAAAUAUACCGCGCGAGAGGCGUUUUACCAUCACGAUAAUAUUAUAAUAUAUACUCGAUAUAACAUCCUAGGGUGUGACGCGUAAAUGACUACCGCGUUAUGUUAAACCCGUUUAUGGACAACGCGCCUCUGAUCAACGGCAUGGGCGUCAAGGUCGAGGAAGACUAUAUGGCCGCUUCCCAGGACCACUAUCAUCAGAUGCACUACGGGCAACAGCAGGCACCGCCGCCUCCGCCGCCGCCACCCCCUCCACCGCCGCCACACCAUCCGGGCUACCCGGGGCCCAGGGACUUUUUGCACAUCCGCCGGGACGUGGCCGACUACCACCACCACGGCCAUCACCACCAUCACCACCAUCACCAGCACGGUGGAGACCAUCACAUGAGCGGCCUGUACCCGGCGGCCGUGCACCACGACCUGCAGCUGCACCACGGACAGGCGUACCCGCCGCCGCCGUCGCACCAGCCGCAGCCGCCGCUACAGCCGUCCGCGUCCGUGCACCGACACAACGAUUAUGGUGGCCAAGACCCGUACGGCGGUGGUGCCGGUCACCCUGGCGGCGCGUUUUACCGGUACAUGCGACACGGCCCGGUGCCGGCCGCCGCCGCGCUCAAGGACAUGUCCUGCCUGUGGAUCGACAAGCCCGGGCCGCCGAUGCGCACGUGCGGCAAGAUGUUCGGUUCCAUGCAGGACAUCGUGUCGCACAUAACGGUCGAGCAUGUCGGCGGGCCCGAAUGCACGACGCACGCGUGCUUUUGGCACGGGUGCGAGCGCAAGGGCCGGCCGUUCAAGGCCAAGUACAAGCUGGUCAACCACAUCAGGGUGCACACCGGUGAAAAACCGUUCCCGUGCCCGUUCCAGGGAUGUGGCAAGGUGUUCGCCCGGUCAGAGAAUCUCAAAAUACACAAACGCACUCACACAGGCGAGAAGCCGUUCAAAUGCGAGUACGAAGGAUGCGAUCGAAGGUUCGCCAAUAGUUCAGACAGGAAAAAACACUCGCACGUACACACUUCGGACAAGCCGUACAACUGUAGGAUAUCUGGCUGCGACAAGUCGUACACUCAUCCCAGUUCCCUCAGGAAGCACAUGAAGGUGCACGGUAAUGGAAAAAUGGACAGCGACGGCAAUUACGACUCAGAAGACUCAAACUGUUCGUCCGGCGGUUCGAUCAGGGUGACUGAAAGUUGCAUUUCUGUAACGCCCAGCAUCGUGUCACCCGUGGACCAUCAUCACGGAGCACAGACCCCGUCUGUCCUACACCCGACGGCACUGCCGCUGCCCACACCGCCUACGUCCGAUUGGUACAUGAACACCGGACCCGGAGCGCCGUCCAUUCAAUCGUCGUCCGUCGACCACGGUCACCAUUAUCUGACAGACCUAAAUCACCAUCACCAUCACCAUCACCCACACCAUCACACGUCACUGAUGGCUCAUCACCAUCAUGGCACCGCGGCUUAUUGAAACAAAUCCCCCGCUUCGUAUUACAACACCGCUCCUGCCAACGCCGCCACAUCAGAAUGGAGGUAGCACACCGUUACCGUCGUCAUCGAUACUGAUGACGAUAAUGAUGAUUGUGACGAUGACGAUGACAGAAGGCGGUGAUCAGCAAUGGCGAGCACAUUCUCGCCUUGAAAACACGACAUAAUCUAUAAAUAUAAUGUAUAAAAUAUAAUGUCGUAAUAGUUGCAGUGGUUAUUAUAAUAUUAUAUUAUAUUCGCGGAGAAAUAUGAGCAUUUCGUUUUUGUAUUUAUGUGACUACCAUUUAUCGUGAUAAUUUGAGAAUGCUAUUCAAUCAUUAUGCAGCGCAUGUGAAUGUAUAUUAUCGUUUUAAUAUAUUAUUAAUAAUAAUAUGUAAUGUAUUGUUAUUUGUUUUAACAUCUCUCUAUCGUUUUCCAUUACGAUAUGAAGUGGGGGCCACCUGUGAUUCUAAUAUUAUUAGUGUUUAAAUUAUUUUUAUUUUUUUUAGCUUAAUUAUUAUCGACGGGUUAUUAUCAUUUUUUUUUUUUUUUUAAAUCAAAGAUUCAUGUGUAUUGAUAAUGUUACCGAUACUAUAGAUGUCAUUAAUUUUUUUUUUUAAUUUCAUUCAAGUAUCGUGUACAUCUUAACCCCUCUGUUACUGUGCCUUUAAAUUAAAUAUUUAAACAUUAUGAAUUUUUAAAUACCAAUACUAAAACAUGAAUAUU